UAGCAAUUAAGAAUAAAAUGGCGACAGCUCAAGAGAUUGCUGAUUGUACUAGAAGCAACUUAGAGCAACAGCUGGACGAACUGGACACUCUAGAAUCCAUUUACUCAGAGCCAGGAGAGUUUAUUAUUGAAGACUGGAGCGCCUACACUGCAUUGAAGAGAUACGUAAAAGAAGCUCACAGUGAUCACCCAAACAAUGUAGAGUGCACUAUCCACCUAACAAUAGAGAAUAGCACUGCUCCUUCUACUACUGCUACUCUGAUUAAUGAGCAUGAGUUUGAUAUAGAAAUAAACUGUCGUCUCUCUUGCUCCUAUCCUAGUUCUCAGCUCCCUCAAGUUCAUAUUCAUUCUGAUGGUCUUAGUCGUACCGGACAAGAUGACUUUAACAAGGACUUGCAGGCUUAUAUGUCAACUGAGCUUGUGUUGGGUGAUGCUUGUCUCCUGUCAGUUAUUGAUUGGGCUCGUGAGAAAGCCCCCAGCUACUACACUGCCCCUCCUCCUCCUUUGCAGCAAACAGAAAAGCAUGUGAACUCUGAAUCGAAUGAGUUUUGCCGUAUGUGGCUGUACAUGCAUCACAUAUACAGCAAGACAAAAAGGAGGAACAUUUUAUCUCUGGCCAGUGAUCUUAAACUGACCGGUUUUUGUUUACCGGGUAAACCUGGUGUCGUUUGUAUAGAAGGAGACUCCAGUCAAACUAAAGAGUUUUAUGAUAUAUUGAGGAGGUGGAACUGGAAGAGUAUCACCUGUAGAAAGAGAGAGACUGUCAAGAAUGCUGGAAGUAUUGAGCAAGAGAGGAAAAUUGUCGGUUUCCAAGAGCUUUUUUUUGAUACUCACGGACAGCGGUCAAACCACAUGGACUUGGGACAGUUUCGCGAGUACUUGAGGGAAAGAGAACUGGAGUAUAUGUUUACUGAACUUUUUAAUGUUUCAAAUCAAUAAAAUAAUUGUAGCCUGUCUCAGGAAUGCAACUGGGCUGUGCUAACAACAUUCCUAGGAA